AUGGGGUUGUCAAUGUUCGACCUCCCGACCCCUAUUGAUUCGUCCUAUCAACCAUCCACAUCUAUAGCGCGCAUCCCAGCGAGCUCUCCGAUCGACGACAUACUCGCCAUAAUUGAAAGAGACGGAGGUGUGAUUUUAACCGAUUUCGCGACCCCGGAAGACCUUGCUGCUAUCGACCGCGACGUGGAGGCUCAACGGACGCAAACGCGAUCGACAGAACAAGGCGCACUGAAACUCAUCCCCAAAGAAACGCUCGCGGUGCCGGGUCUCGUGGGCAAAUCGCCGACAAUGACGCGGAUAUGCGAGUCCCCGGUUCUGGAACAACUCCGCACGUCAAUCCUUCAGGAGAAAUUCAGCGUCAUUCGCGAAGACAUUGUCGAGGAGCACACGAUCGACCCGCUGCUCAGUAUCAGCAUCACCUUUUAUAUCGGGCCUGGCGCGCCCCGGCAGAGACUGCACAGAGACGACAACGUGCAUGGAAUCAGACACGAUGGAGGGGCGUUUGAUUUGAAAAGGGCCAGCCAGUUUGGCUGUCUGAUUGCCGGGUCAAGGACGACUCGGCAGAAUGGCGCCACCAUGUUCAUCCCGGGGUCGCAUCGAUGGGACGACAAGCGGGUGCCGAAGCCCGAGGAAGUCUGCUUUGCUGAGAUGGACCCGGGCUCCGCGCUCAUCUUCCUGGCCUCCUGCUACCAUGGUGGCGGCGAUAACUCGACGCGGGACGAGGUCCGACGAGUACACGGCCUGUUCUUCACCCGCGGCAAUCUACGCACGGAGGAGAACCAGUUCCUUGCCGUUCCCCGAAGUGUGGCCCUUGGAAUGAGUGAAAAAAUGCUCUCCCUGCUAGGGUACAAGAAACCGACCAGCGUGCUUGGUGUGGUUGACAAUGAUGACCCGGCGGUAGAUUUGCGAGGGGUGCUGGAUAGGGCGAACGCGUAG